AUGUAACAACCCAUCUACGAUCCAAACUUCCAACAGCACCAAUAGCCAGUCCAGUACGGUCAACCAUACCAAGGUCAGCCAGUAUACCAAUAGCAAUAUCCACCCACUAUCGAUCCUCAUCAUCCUCCCCAUCACCAUCAUGAUGACCAUCAUCACCACAAAUCAGAACAUAAAGUCAAGACCAAACAUCAGAGAAGAAGAAAUCUGGCCAUGUGCAUUGUCAAUGUUGCCAUUAUUAUUGCAUUUACCAUUCUCAGCAAAAAUUGGUCCACAAUGUUUUACGGUCUCUUUACUUACAUUAACAUUGCUUUCAUCUUUAUGAAAAAGGAUUCUAAGGUCAGUUUCUUAAGAUGCAGAGUAUGUCUGGUAUUUGUUUGGUUCGGUAUUAUUGUUUUCAUUGAUAUACUUGCUCUCAUCUUCUUAUUCGUUGGUGGUGCAAUAGUCUCAGCUGUCGGAGGAAGUGAAGGUACUAAACUUGCAGGCGUUUUUGUCGGUAUUCAAGCUGCUGUUAUUAUAAUUCAAAUCAUCCACGGUAUCACCUAUGUAAAGUACGUCUAGAUUUGCACAGAAAAAUACUGGGAUAGAAUCCACCAUGGCUAUACAAGACACCAUUGA